AUGGCACCUGGCAGCGAUGCGUGCAGCCAAUACGGCGAAGCAGACUGCCCCUAUCCUCGCUGCACCUACUCCUAUACCAGUCCUGGUCGUGCGGAAGGUAUCUGCCACAACUCAUCUUGCAGCGACAUUUUUGAUCAGGUCAUGUGCGAUGCAAUGGAUGGAUGCUCUUUUGAUGCAAACUUGUACGUGUGCUACGAGACCAAGGAAGGCAUUCCAUGCGCCAUGUUCAGUCAGCAGAGCGCCUGUCAAGGCGAAGCCAACUGUGUGUGGGAUGCGCAAGAUUACGAGUGUGCUGGCAAAGACUCUGGAGGCGCGUGCUCAAGCUAUUCGGCCAGCAAGUGUCCGGCCCGUUGCUCAGUGGAUCAGGACCAGAACGUGUGCACCAACAAGGCCUGCCGUGACAUUGCUAACAAAACAGCCUGUCUCGCAGCUGGCUGCGAAUACAGCGAUGCACAGUUUUUCUGCUACACGGGCUGCCAGUUUGCGGCGGACAUUAGCAUGUGCUACAACGAUACGGGUGCCGCCUGCUCGUCCUACAAGCACGAGUCCAUCUGUCCAAACGACCGUUGCGAGUGGUACACGGCCGAUGGCAAGAAGUUUGAGUGCACAGCGCGCACCUGCAAUGACUUUUAUGACCAAACGUUUUGUGAGGGCGCGGGGCUGAACUGUUCUUGGGAUAGCAGUACCUUUACCUGCUAUGUCGACGACGGCGGCAAGUGUGGAACCUACGGCGAGCGUACUUGCCCCGAGAACCGCUGUGUCUACGAUUAUAAUCUCGCGCGCUGCACCUAUGCAACGGAUGCCAAUGUGUGCUACCCAGAGGGCGGUCAGGUUCCUUGCGGUGAAAUCUACGACCAGGACCCCCUUGUGAGGGUCUGGGUCGUGCCGCGUCGACGACUCCUCAUCAUUCCCCGGCACAAGGAUCUUGCUGCGGCCGACAAGACGACCCGCCCCGAGGCCAAGCGCCCGGCCGCUUCCGGGCCAGACGAACCUCGCGCACCUGACCAUAAGCAUGGACACUCUUCAAGCCGCGGGCCUCACUCGAGCAGCAGCGCUGACUCUCGCAGCGCAUCGAAUAGUGGCAGUGCUAUGGAUGUGCCCGUGCUUCUAUCAGCCGAAGAUCGGGAUCGUCUUGCGUGUCUUCGAGCAGGCCCUUCACUCGUCGCCUCGCCUCAGGAUCGGCGUUUAUUUGUGGAUCACAUCCUCCAGCCUCAUUUCUCAGCUGAUGCUCUCAUGCCCCCCAAUCGCCUCUUGCAUCUCUUUCGCGAGGCCUGCGAUUUGCAGCGACAAAAGUGUGUGUAUCACAAUGUUGAGCUGGACGAAUGCUCCCUGUUGGAGGACCAUCAUUGUACACGCGAUGGGAUAGCCGGGUCCUCAUCUGGACCACUGACUCGUACCAACAACUGCAUGAGCUGCACGGUCACAGUGAUGAAACUUGUUAUUCAGUCCGUACUGCAGGAUGACACCGCCAUUUCACAGACGGGGCUCAUGGCCAUCGCCAUAGCGGCAACGCCCGACGGGCGGCAACUGAUUGUGGCCUGUCAAGAUAAGAAAUCCAUCCUGCUCGUCAAUGUGCCAGCGGGGCAUGUUGUCCACGCCUUCCAGAGCCACCGGCAGGAGCGCUUUGCACUUAUGAGUUGCUUUGGAGGCCUCAAUGACAGCUUCGUCGUUUCGGGUAGUGAGGACAACAAGAUUUACCUUUGGCAUCGACAGUCUCAUAAGCUUCUGGAGGUCCUCAAGGGCCACGAUGCGCUUGUUAACGCUGUGAGCUGGCACCCAUGCAAUCCAGAGGUGUUUGCAUCCGCGGCCGACGACGGCACGAUCCGUAUUUGGAGCACGGUAGGCCGAGGGGCAGUCUCAGCUAAUGAACAAGCUUCGCAACAAACGUCUUCCUCUUCUUCCGAAGACGAGGACGACCAAAUGGAUGAGCAACGCUACUCCUUCCACUAA